GCAGUUUAGAUUCCGAACUAGUACGAAUGAAGCACGAGUGUUCGAGUCGAUCGACAGUCGCCACGCUUGCCAAGAACGAAUAGCGAGUUCAGUACCCGGUUGACAGCCGGCGAGGCGGCGGCGUGACGUGGUGCUUCGAUUUUCCAAUACGCGCACGCCGCCUCUACGCGAUUAUUGAAUCCCAUGUAAAUAAUGUUUUGUACACAAUAAUCCAUAGUAUAGUGAUUAUUGAACAGCUGAAUCGUUAAGUGCCUAGGUAUUCGUUCUGAAACUGUAACAAGAUCGAGUACAUUGUGGUGUUUUAUUGACGUUUUAUAAUUCAAAUCCUAUACUUGACUGAGAAAUAGCUUCAUAUAAAUAAGGUGUUCGUAUGUUAUGUACAGGUCGCGCUCUAUUGUUCAGAAAUAGUAAUUUCCUCAAAGACUUUUUUUAGUAUUUAAUAUAUUUUGUUUAUGUGUUAAAGUGUUCGAUUUGCACAUCAGUGUGCAUUGACUAUCCCUGGAAAAACUUAAGUAGUAUUGCGAAUGAGUACUAUGUCACAAAAUAAAUCUUCUUAUCAAAGAAAAUAUUGAAAUAUCGUUUUAAGUUUGAUGAAGAUAGAGUCAGCAAUGGCGGAACGUGAACGUCCUGCAAAAACUCCCAUUAGGGUGGGUUUUUACGACAUCGAGAGGACCAUAGGGAAGGGAAAUUUUGCCGUCGUUAAGUUAGCUCGACAUCGAAUAACGAAGACUGAGGUAGCAAUUAAGAUAAUAGAUAAAUCACAAUUAGACGCCAGCAACCUUCAAAAAGUGUACAGAGAAGUGGAUAUAAUGAAGAGGCUGGAUCAUCCUCACAUAAUUAAGCUUUACCAGGUCAUGGAGACGAAAAACAUGAUCUACAUAGUAUCAGAAUACGCGAGUAAAGGAGAAAUUUUUGACUACAUUGCGAGGUAUGGUCGAAUGGCAGAACAGGCAGCUAGACGCAAGUUCUGGCAGAUUUUAUCAGCUGUAGAAUACUGCCACGAAAGGCGAAUCGUACACCGAGAUCUCAAGGCGGAGAAUUUGCUGCUGGAUGCGAAUAUGAACAUCAAGAUUGCUGAUUUUGGAUUCAGUAAUUACUACGCCACGGGGGAAUUGUUGGCCACGUGGUGUGGUUCUCCACCUUAUGCCGCUCCAGAAGUAUUUGAAGGGAAAAGAUAUACAGGCCCCGAAAUAGAUAUUUGGAGUCUGGGAGUAGUGUUGUACGUGUUGGUGUGUGGUGCCCUGCCCUUCGAUGGAUCUACACUUCAAUCACUACGAGAUAGAGUGCUGUCAGGCAGAUUCAGGAUACCCUAUUUCAUGAGUGAAGACUGCGAGUCUUUGAUAAGAAAAAUGCUAGUCUUGGAACCAAUGAAGAGGUAUACCAUUGAACAAAUAAAGAAACACAGGUGGAUGGCAGCGGAGCCGUACUCAAUAGCAACAGUCAUUGCAGACGUUACGAGGAGCCCCGCGCACGUGCCUCCACACCAAGAACCUAAUGAGCAGGUUCUCAGGUUAAUGCAGAGCUUGGGGAUCGAUCCUGUCAAAACCAAAGAGAGCCUUAGGUCGAAUAGUUACGACCAUCACGCGGCGAUAUAUCUUCUUUUACUGGAGAGACUGAGAGCGCGGGCCGCAAGUGGAGUGGCCUCUAGCGCUGAAACUCGGAACAGACCAACGAGGAGGUCGUCUUCGGUGGCAGAUCAAGGUCUGUCAAGAGAGUCCCAUGAUAGUAGACGAGAACAUCAUGCAAGAUUAUUACAUGCAGGCGAAGCGCAGUCUAGGGAAUACAACAGAGUUACUCCCAACAUAUCUGCUGCGCCGGGCGAUGCCUCAUCUUCCGAAACGCAGCGGUUGCUGUCCCUUGCAGGCGUGAACAUGACUGAGCAAAGACUGCUCCAGCGAAACUCCGACCCUUCGGAUACGCACCGGAGCUUUCUAGUCGGUAAUCUUGACGUGACUUCCAAUAAACAUCAAGAAAUGGAGUCAAAUCGAAUGCUAGCCAUGAGAAACAUUGACGUCUCACAGUCAAAUCAAAGGCUAGGUACCAAAUUUAGUGAAGGUCCCAUCCCUACACACAGAUUACUAACAUCAACUUAUGAACAACAGCAAAAUAUCCUAAAGCAGUCGAGCGAAGAUUGUCGCCGGCUACUUCAACAGUCAACAACGGUUGGACCCGAAACGAGCAAAAGCAUUAAUGACGGCACGCGUCUGCUCACAUCGUCUAGUUUUGAUUCGAAGUGCGCGAUUGACAGUGGACGAAGUUCAUCAGCCACUGAUCACAAUGUCAUAGCGAAUUUCUUGCAAAAUUCUGCAUCAGCCACGAACUUCAGUGUGGACACUAUGAAAUUACCCAAUUCGACUACAUUCACAAUGUGUUCGGAAGCAGCGAAGCUCAUGAAUACUUUACAGCAGUCACCAUUACCAUUAAAGGGAACUAUAAAUUUAAGCACUAGUCCGAUUCCAACACAACAUGCCGAGUCUAAAUUUAGUGGCGUUUUGGAGCAACCAAAGCCGUUAGAGUCAGCCAGACUUGUUUCUCAAGCACAACAGCAGGAUUUGAAUCGACUACAGACAAGCACACCACCUUUUGUCAACCAUCACUUGUCUUCAUAUUCUUAUUUACAGAAUGUGCCAUCAAUGUCGAAUGCAAGUGACACAAACUAUCCGACUGUAUCAGCGACUGCUGAUUUAUUUCAGAACACACUGUACAGGCCGGACAGUAAAUUUUCAUUGAAUAGGUAUACUACGGGCCAGACUUACACACAGGGAUUUCAAAAUAACACAACAGAAGCAACAAAAUUUCAACAACAAUAUUCAUCAUCCACAGACGAAGGCUGCGAAACAGAUAUGGAAGACGUCGCAAAUGUUCCAACUGGUGUUCAAAAUAGACUGAGUUCGUAUGCAAGUUCCAGUUCAAGUAGUGGAGUUGUCACAUUUUAUAAUAAUAAAAGUCUUAGUCAAAAUCUUAGCUGUGAUUCUUCGCAAAGUAACUUCUCCACGUUUGAAAGCUUUGAUUACCAAUUGUCAGAUUGUUCUAGUGAAUUAGCAAGCAGUCUGCCAAGUUGCACUUCCAACGAGGAUAAGAUGGUUUAUGAUAACAAUUCUCUAAUAAAUACCAGUCCCAUGCAUCCAUGCGUAUACAUCUCCUCUUAUAAUAACAAAACUCCUGGUGCUGGUUUGAUAACACGACAGAAUCCUAUAAAUUAUCAGACGCCUAACAAAAACUGCACUCGGGCGAUGACGCGUAGUCCUGUUGACUUCAGGGAAGGGCGUCGAGCGAGUGAUGGCUUAGUCGCACAGCAAGCUGCACAGUCGAAUGAUACUCAAACUAACACGCUCGCAUUUAACAGUCAACGAUUAAAUGAAAAUUGCAAGGCCAAAGGCGUACUUGAAUUACAUUUAGUACAGAAAGAGGCUCAGAAGUUAAAGACGCAGUAUCAAUCUUCAAUUCCUGCUGAAGAAAUGACCCAAAGACAACUUCAACAUAACCAGUUUGCAGCCUCGUUCAGUCCGCAUUAUUUGGAUAGUAAAAGUCCAACACCUAAACGGAUCAGUCUUCCAGAAAGUUUUAAUUUUUCAAGUACUUCUCCACCAAUGCCAGCUAGUCCAAAAAUUGUAGCUCAAUUGCAGGACCCCACUGACUUACCUUUAGGAACGGUAGUGUCACAAGUCAAUAAGCCACCAUUGCAGCAACAACUGAUGCAACACAGAUUGUUUCAACAGAAACGGCAAAUCUUACAAAAACAGAUGACCCCAUCAUCCACCUUGCCAGCACAUGAAAUGGGCAUCCACUCAUUACAAGUCGGUCUAAGUAGGCGACAAAUGGUACGGCAGCAAAGUUAUAAAAUUGCACAACAACAACAAAUACUUCCUCCGUUACCAUUAACUGAAAGUGAGAAUAGAGAUUUGCUCGCUUUCCAGGCUAUUGUUGAAGGUCCUAGCCGGGCUUUGCAAGCUAAACAGCAAUCCGAUGACACUGAAAUUAGGAGUCUAGAGGAACCAUCCAAGUAUGCAUAUCAGGGUUCUAUGGAAAUAAACAUCAUGAACAAAGAUAGGUUAGGAAAUGAAAACUGGUCAAACUUACCGUCCAGCCUGCAGAGUGCUUGUCAGAUAUCGGAACUAGCAGGACGCCGAGAUGGACGAGAGAGUCGCGAGGGGGAGCCUGAGCCUACCACUCAUACUUCUGUGGACGCACCUCUGUGGUCUGGACAGUGGAACGCAAAUCUCUUCCCACCACAGCCUUGCUUCCAGGUAUUCCAACAGAUAAAUUAGUAGAUCUCCACGUAAAAUAUAGAUAAGUAGUAAACUGGUAGUGUGGACUGUAAUCACGCAGCGUGAGGACCUAUUGUGCUUUGGUGAAAUCGGUGGUUGGUCUUCACUCGUGCCGAAUGCGCUAGAUCAGAAUGUAUUAAUGGUCUCAUGGUAGUGAUCGUAAAAUAUUAUGAUGGCAUUUAGAAUAAUUUGUAAUUACACUGAUAUGAAAUAAUAGAGUGCAUGACAAUAACUAGUGCUUUAAAGUUGUUGUAUUACACUAUUACAAUAGACCACGUUGUUCAAGUACUAUCCUUAGUGUCUAAAUGCAAAAUUAAAAUUACUUGGAUAAAUUUACAUACAUAAUGCAAGUUUGAUAAUUAUUAUUGUUAACUGUUUUGUAUCAACAGUUUAGGUAUAUUGUGCACUCAAUUUUCAAACACCGUACACAUUAUUUAGUGGAAAUUUAAGCAAAUAAAUUAAUAAAAGGUGUUCAUUCCUUAAUUACGUCAUACAUAAUAUUCUCAACAGCAAUAAGAGAUUCCAUUUUGAUAAUUUACUUGCCAAAUUUGUAUUAUGAUUAGUAUUUGUAUAAUUUGCAUUUUACCUGUUCUAUAAUAAUUAUACAUCACUUGCGAAUGUUCCUACAUAUUUAUUAGUUAAUUCUCUCCAUGGUACAUUAUGACUAUUUAAGUUGUAAGUAUGUAUCUAUUUAUUACUAGAUAUUAAUUAUUUACUUAAUAAUUUCAUCGUCAAAGUCUGUAUAGUUUUGUUAUCAUUUGCUAAUAAAAUAAAGUAAUAUAUUAUGUAAGAUGUGAUAGCUUUACUUAGAAGCAAGUUUAUUUGAAUUAAAUGUAAGAUUUAUUACAAUA